CUAGAGCUUGCGCAAGCUCUUUUGACGUCGAAAUUAACUAAGUGAAUGGAUACCUGUUGCCUAUGUACACCGUUCCACUCGAGCGAUCAAUCAUAAGCAAUCACCCAGCCGUGGCAAGCUCAGAUGGAACUAGGCUGAUCGGCAAGCUCUAUGAUGCGCCUUGCGAAGGCGAACACCAGCUACACGGAUAUCCUGUUCGAGCAGUUCAAUAUCACGGCGGAGGACCUGGACUACCUGAACAAUUUCAUGGUCGACCCGUCCAACGAUCCGCACUCGUGUGGGCCGUGCUACUGCGACAGCUGGGUGCGCAAGUACGCGGUCACCUAUCGAGCCUACCACGGCUACGCGGCCCUGCUGGUCUGCGGCUUCGGCACGCUGGCCAACCUGCUUAACCUGGCGGUGCUCACGCAGAAGGACCUGCGCGCCGCGCCCAUCAACAGGAUCCUCACUGCCCUUGCGGCCGCGGACGUGCUGGUGAUGCUAGAGUACGUGCCGUUCGCCAUCUACGACUACAUCUAUCUGCCAGAGCGCCGGAUCUUCCCCUACGCCUCGGCGGUCUUUAUCCUCUUCCACAUGCACUUCAGCCAGCUGCUGCACACCAUCAGCAUCGCCCUCACGCUCAGCCUAGCCAUCUGGCGCUACAUCGUCGUCAGGUUCCCGCAGCGCAGUCGUACCUGGUGUACGCCGGCGCGCUGUCGCAUGGCGCUACUGGGUAGCCUCAUGGCAGCCACUCUCGCCUGCACGCCCAGCCUCUUUGUUUUCGGGAUCAAAGGAGAGCUGACGACUGAGGACGGCAAGCCGGAAAUACUUUACCACGUGGACUCCAGUCGCGGACGGGGCGACGAUCGCGGGCGCCUCUAUCGGCUUAACUUUUGGCUGCUAGGCGUUCUCAUCAAAUUGCUACCGUGUCUCGUGCUCACGGUAAUUAGUUGCCGACUCAUUCAAGCACUCUACAGCAGCGCCAAGGCACGCAAACGACUACUUUGUCCGCCGGUCGGCGCAAUAGCAAUGUCGCAGGUGUCGAGUCGCACGGAGCGACGCGCCGACCGCACGACCCGAAUGCUCGUGGCCGUGCUCCUGCUGUUCCUCAUCACCGAGAUACCGCAGGGCGUGCUGGGCCUGCUGUCGGCGGUGCUCGGCGACUGCUUCUUCCGCAGCUGCUAUCACAGCCUCGGCGAGAUCAUGGACAUCUUGGCGCUGUUCAACGGGGCCAUCAACUUUAUCCUCUACUGCUCGAUGUCGCGCCAGUUCCGUACCACCUUCGGCCGGCUGUUCAAGCCCAACCUGAACGUCGGCAAGUGGCAGCAGACCCCCGGCACUCGCCAGACCGACAUUCACACCUCCUACGUCUGAUAGCGCUGACGUGAAUUCUUGCGAACGUGCUAGCCAACUUCGAGGCUCAACCCCUGAAUGAAUUCCGCCGUGAUUGAAGUGCGGGAGAGGCAGAACGCGAGCCGAGAGCGGCCCUCUGUCGAUCUUCCUCGCCGUUGUCUACCUCGGGCGAACGACAGCCAGACAGAACGCGUCGUAGCGCGCAUCCUCACUCCCAACGGAGUUUUUGUGAUAGAUACUACUACUUACGCGACUCCGCCGCGUUACACGCCAAAUUGCCCUCCGCGUUGUACAUAGACUCGUUGGUUGUCCCUUUUGUAAACUGCCUCACGAGCAACGAAACGGCCUCGUAUGCCCGUCGAUUCGCGUCCCGGAUGUUUUCUAAGAAACCCAAUGAAAAGUACGAAAAAACCAAACCGAAAUAAUAGAAGAAAAGGGGCUCAACCUUGCUCGGAUCUACAGUUGUUGACCCCACUGAAACAUCCCUAUUCUAUAUAUACUGAACCCCACCAACUCGCGUCCGAAAUCUUUACAAAAUCCGAUUGUAUUGUUGUGAUGUUAAUAAAUAUUGCAUUCAUUAUUAUAUUAGUAUGGCUUUCUUUAUUUUUCCAGCUAUGAGUUGAUUGUUUACUGGAUCGAAACAAAAUUAAUCGGACUUUCCAAUCUCUGGCUUAAUCAAUGUAACGAUAUCGUGUAUCUGGCGAGCUGUUAGGGCAUCGAUAAGGGGUCACUUUGCUAAAUUAUUCCUAGAGUAUUAAUUUUUAUUCGAGGAUGAAGAGUAAUAUACAGCAAACUGUCCAUGUUUGAUCAUUCGAAAAAAGAUGAUAUCUGUACUUUAUCGUGAGCGAGUCAAAAAUUGAAUGUACCUAUUCAACGAUCAUUCAACAAUUAAUACGUAUCCAUAAUAAUGCUUCACGUUAUUUUGUUCUGCAUUGGCUAAGUUUAUAUUUCACCGACUUGAAAUAGUGAAUAUUAUUCUUUUUAUCAGAUAAGAAUUGAGUAAAGCAAUGAAAUAGAUGUUUGUUAUCUCUAAUAGUAAAAUAGCGUCUUUUCUUAUGUCUUUAUCGACAAUGUUGCUCGUUCAGAUUCUUAAUCGCUAGGAAAAGUAAGUGAUUACCAUCCCGGAGUGGCUGAUACAUCUUUAAUCAAGUGAAAAUUGUCACCCAAGGCAUUCAUUAUACCGUAAAUGGAUUAAAUUACCUUUGCCGGUAACCCAUCAAAACGUCGACACGAGAUAAACUGCGAUUGCAGCCGUAUUUCUUUCAUGAUAAAAAUCUUUGGCUUUGGCAAUCUCAAACUAGGAACCAUCUCAAGAGACUUCGUUCUGACGGAAAAUAAACGAUAGCGUUAUUUGUUACUUUUCAGUCGGUAUAAUCAGUCGAUUAACAAAAAUUUCGCCAAACAAUAAUAACACACAGGUUGUUAUUGUUUCCCCGGUUUAAAAUAAAGCUGCUAAAUACAACCCCACAAGCAUUUUCAUCUUUCAAAGAAAAAGAAAAAAUACGUAUUAAUACGUGUCAUCCUAAUUUUCGUUGGCCCGCAAGGAAAAACAACGAUAUAACAAGGUCGCUGUAUACGUGCGCAGCCUGAAAGCCGGUGAUUGCUUAAUUUAACGCGGUGAUACAAGCGGCUUCUCUAAUAAAAUUUCGUCGUGUGUAACCGAAAAAAGUUAUUAUCGUUAACUGUCUAAAAGACAGGCAGGCCUGUCUGUAUUAAUUAAAGUUGGUCAGGGCGUAAAUCGUAUAAUUUGACGCGCGCCAUCGCAAAUAUAAAUAGGAGAGUUACAGUUUGUCGAAAAACUCCGUCCCUUCGUCGAGCGCACGAGUGAUCCGCGAUGCCUUGACACGGCUUACGAGUGACUCUCGAGCACGCGACUACCAUACAAACUUUUUUUCUUUAUAGACCGACAACAAUUCACGUCUAUGGACUAAGUUGUAAUCAACUCGCGCGAGCUUAAAGCCAGGCGUACUAAUUCUAGACUAUCGAUGUUAUGAUAGGGGAAAUGAAGCGUCGUGACAACUUCAUUAAUUAUGCGACGUGCGGUAAAAGUGAGUAGCACAUAUAUGUCAAGCCAAGUUCAAUUGUCGUUAGUGAUGUGUCGCGCACAGUAAAUCGAUCCACCAUUUAGAUAAAACGAGAGCGCGUCCCUCUCUCGAAUAAAGAAGGGCCGCGUGGCCUCAUAAUAGACCGUCUCAUGAAUAAUGUAUUCUUCGG